AUGCGUCUCACUGGCGCUCUCCUCGCACUGCCAGCCCUUGCGCUGGCGCAAGUCAGCACCAUCACAGUAUACCCAAGCUCAUGCAGAGCAACAUACACGACAGUAUACACAUACACUGGCACUUCAAGCGGGACGCGGAUCUCAACGACUGUACAAUCGACAGUUACAGUUGUUCCCACACCAUUUACCGACGACACAAUCAACCAAGGCACCCCCUUCUUGGUAGAGAUUCAACCUGCGAGCUACGCAAGGAAGAACAGACGACAAGCUCAGCCCGCCCGGUCUUUUUUAGACAUUAACGGAUACCUCACAUCCGAAGCCAGUGAGGCAGUUCAAUAUGUCAUCAAUAACGGACAACUUCUCGUCUCAUCUGGAGGCCAAGGACAGGUCACAGCCGAAACGACCGAUCUGAGCGUGCCAUUCGCGGCUUCUACGACUCUGAAGACUAUUCGCACGACGUUCUACUCAGGCAGUCUAAGGCUGGGCUGGAACAACACUGCCUUUGAGAGCGGCGCUGCGGAAUUCUACCAGACACAGGAAGGAAGCAGGACGCGAAUCGUCGUUCGUCUCAAUGGCGCGGUUGACCCAUCCUGGACAGCGGUGAACUUCAAUCUGCAGCCCACAGCUAAUGCUGUGCAAUCUUCGACCAGCGCUGCAGUACCAUCGUCGACUUCGACUGCUGCUGGAAAUGAAACUAGCCUCUCCAUCCUGCCAAUCUCGACAUCUACUACUAGCAGUGCUUCCGGUAGCUUUCCUACACUGCCUACCUACCCAAACACGACAGUCGGUUCUAGCAGUGCGGCAGCUACGCCAUCGGGCAACGUCGACCCCAGCGGAGCUUGUGGUGCUGGAACAGCAGGCAGCAACUGCUUCGGCGCACCAGAUGGAAGCUGUUGCAGCCAGUACGGCUUCUGUGGCUCCGGACCAGCCUACUGUGGUGCUGGAUGUCAGCCAGGCUACGGAACCUGUGAUCCAGUAGCUAGCAGCUCAAGUGCUGCACAGCCACCUGUUUAUGGGUCGUCGAGUGCUGCGUUGCCACCAACCUACGACUCCUCGAGCGCUGCAGUGCCUCCGACAUAUGAAUCUUCUACUGCUGAGCUUCCACCACCAGGCUACUCACAGCCUGCACCCUCGCUUGAGUUCACAACUUCUGGCAGCGAGAGCGUUACUGCCACCAGUUCGAGCGUUACUGAGAUUACCAGCAGCGAAGCAACCAGCACGCAAGAAACUUACAGCGGACCUGUUGGCACUCCAAUCGUGCCGUCUCAGUACCCAACAGUUGAAUCAGAGCCUCCGGUGUAUACUCCUACCUUCGAAACUUCGUCUCCAGGCGCGAGUGAGACAGCUUCAAGCUUGCCACCUAUUUACUCCUCUCUCGCUAGUAGCUAUGCUUCGAGCGAGUCGUCGAGUGCUUCGUCUGCACUUUCGAGCAUUUCAUCGGUACUCUCUAGUGCUUCUUCGAGCGCCUCUGUGCUUUCCUCUGAAAGCAGCGCUGCGUCGAGCAUCUCUUCUUCGCUUUCGAGUGCAUCUUCUGCUGCUCAGCCUCCACAGUAUCCAACUCCUACUGGCGGGCCGUCUUCUUCGCUCUCUUCUACGAGCAGUGCUACGUCGAGCAUCUCUUCUGUGAUCUCAUCCGUCAGCAGCGCUAUAUCCAGUGUCGCUUCGAGCUACUCGAGUGCAGUCUCAAGCUACUCAAGUGCGGCAUCUUCUGUGGUCUCGUCAGCCAGCAGCGACGUAUCAAGCGUCGGCUCCAGCUACUCAAGCGCAGCAUCGUCCGCCUCAAGUGCCGCAACAGCACCACCAGCAUACACUACUCCAGCUUCAGAAGAAGAAGCAGGAAGUUACAGCGCCGCCUCCUUUGACGAAGAAUCACCCUCCCAAGCUUCCAGCUGUGCUGCAACCGCCGUGCCCAACCCUCAAUUCUACGCCUCUGCCACAGCUCCCCGUGCCUCCUCCUGGCUCGUCCUUCCCACCCCAACACCCUGUGACUUCGGCUCCCCCAACGGCUGGCCAAUCGAUGAUUCCUACUGCAACAUCGACGUCCCCCAAGGCCUCCAGGUCUACGGCUCAAGCUUCACCACCGCCUUCGCCUCCACAAACGGCAUCGUGACCUUCGGCGAAGGAACGACCCAAUUCCAAAACCUCCAACUCCCAGCAGCCAACGUCCCAGCUUAUGCCGUCGUACCUUUCUGGGAUGACACUGCCAUGUUCGGCAACGAGACGAUCACUCAGGGAAUCUUCUACCAAAACGACACCACGGGUGUGACGUUUGAGUUCUAUCUCUCACGACCACAGGAUACGAGUCUGAUAUUCCAUUAUACGAUCAGCUAUGCCUUCUCCAACCCGGGAGUGUUUGUUUACAGUUACUUUGAUGCGGAUUCUGCGCAUAAUGAUGACGGGAGCUUUUCUACUGUGGGUAUGCAAGGUGAGGACGCGAGUGGUGAUGCCACGGCAUUCAUGUUCUCGUACCGGACGAGUGUACGCAGGAGAUUUGAAGCAAGUGGGGGACUGGCAAAGAAGAAACAUAUGGGCUAG